AUGGCUCAGAAUGACGGAUCAAAUAACCCUGAGGGAGAGCUUCGAAGAUCACGUUCUUUGUCAAAAUCUUUAAAGGGACUCUUCAAGUCAUCCUCCCCGACAUCCAAGCAACAGGCCAUUGCAGCUGACAACGUUAAUGCCUCAAAGGGUGGUGAUAAGCUUAAGAAGCUUGCUAAGAGUAAAGAAUUGGAACUGGAAGGUAAAAGACAUGAAGGAGCGGCUAAUCGCAAUACAGACAAUGCGCCACCUAGCUUGUUGUCCAGUAAAGCACAAAGCUCUAGUGCAGUUCCUGCAAAACGACACCUGCCUAUACCUGACCUUGGCAAAUUGUCUCUUUUGCCACACACACAUAACUCAUUAAACGGAGGGACAGAGAAUGUUUCUCAGGAGUCCUUGAUCAGUGACGACGACCCUGCGAAGAACAGCAAGAAUUUCUAUGCCGCAAGAAAUCCCAGCGAUCAUUCGGCAGUUGAAGAAGGUGAAAGUCCUGACACUGUUUUUGAAGAAGAAGAAGAAGAACCACUUAUAGACGCCGAGUUGUCUAAAGAUAUGAGUUCUGUGAGACGUACUAAGAGUUUGCAAAGAAAGGACUCUCGUUCAAGGUCAGGCUCUAGAUCAAGAUCACUGUCAAUGAGCUCCAAGUACAGAAGUAGAUCCCCAACUUUUAGCGCGUCAAAUCUUUUACAACAUGCAGAGGGAGAUUCUAAACGAAUUCUUGCUACUGAGACAUUUCAGCUUUUUGAGGACGGCCACCAUGAGCAUACUCUCAAAGUUACUCCUAUUGUGCUAGAAAGUCAAGAUGGCGACCAUAGAGUCAAGUCUACUUUUUCACUUUCGGGAUUUUUCAAAAGUCACAAGGAUGACGAUCGGUUGGAAAGCGCCUUAUCACUUUUGCCAAGAAGUCGUUUUGAGUUUCACAAGAGGCUAAGUAGAGUUUUGGACGAAGAAUUAAAAGAAGAAAAUGAAGAAUCCGAAAAGGCGCAGGAGAAAGAAAUACCUGCCCCUGUUAAUCCUCAGGCAGCUAUUGGUGUCGAUGAAUUAAAACUGAUCAACAAAUUGUCCAAGAAAAUUCAUGAUGGUUCAAAUAAGGAUACUGACUCGGAUGAAAUCAUGGCGAAGAAACAGUACACCUUAUGCGAAAAAUAUGGUAAGCCGAUAGGUGUUAUUGGUAAUGGAGCUUAUGGUACAGUCAAGGUCUGUUGCAAGGUAAUUACUUGCCGUUCCGACGCGAGACCGUCAGAUGAGACCUUUGUAACAGGAUCGAAAAUGUAUUAUGCUGUUAAGGAGCUGAAACCGAAACCAGAUGAGCCCAGAGAAAAAUUUGGUACAAGAUUGACGUCUGAAUUUAUUAUUGGACAUUCAUUAAGUAGUCAUCAUAAAGAUGAAAGGGCUCCACCGAACAUUCUCAAAAUCCUUGAUCUUAUGCAGACGAAUGACGGAUUUGUUGAGGUAAUGGAGUUUUGUCCCUCAGGUGAUCUUUACAGUUUGUUAUCGCGUACAGCGAAGUCACACUCAGGUCUACAUCCAUUGGAGGCUGACUGUUUCAUGAAGCAACUUUUGAAUGGUGUUCAAUACAUGCAUGACCAUGGGAUUGCACACUGUGAUUUAAAACCUGAAAAUAUACUUUUCAGUCCAACUGGUGUACUGAAGAUUUGUGAUUUUGGCACCAGUUGUGUUUUUCAGACGGCUUGGGAGAAAAAAGUCCACUUUCAAUCUGGUGCUGUCGGUUCUGAGCCUUAUGUUGCCCCAGAAGAAUUCAUCGCCAAUAUGGAGUAUGACCCUCGUUUAGUUGAUUGCUGGAGCUGUGGUGUAAUAUACUGCACUAUGGUGCUUGGUCAUUAUUUGUGGAAGGUGCCUUUAAUGGACAAAGAUUCGGUUUAUGCAUCCUUCGUGGAGCAGAUUCGAACGGACAGGGAAUUUGACGUUUUCGAAGGAAUGAAGCACGUUACCGUAGAAAUUAGUCGCUGUAGGAAGAUGUGCUUAUACGGCAUUUUCCAAUGGAAUCCGGAGAAGAGAAUCAGCAUUGAUAAAUUGUUACUUACCCCCUGGAUGAAAAGGACAAGAUGCUGCGUCUUCUACAAGGACCAUAAGUAA